AUGGCCCGCUCAAAGACUGUCGCCGUCGCAUCCAAGGAUGUCGCUCCCUCAAUUGAUCCCGAACAGACCCUGAAGGCGUCCAAGGCUCUUCUGGCUCAUAUCAAGAAGGCCGCCAAGGAGAAGUCUGCAGAACCCGGCAAGAAGAACCUGCUCGCCGACCUCGACGAUGAGGAGGCCAACGUCGCCCGGCAGCCCAUCUGGCUGACCCUCACGACGAAGCGUCACAUCGCCGACAGCGCCCGCCUCAAGCCCGGCAAGAUCGCCCUGCCGCACCCGCUCAACACGGACGAGGAGUCGACGAUAUGCCUCAUCACCGCCGAUCCCCAGCGAGCCUACAAGAACAUCGUCGCCUCGGACGAGUUCCCCGAGGCCCUGCGCAAGCGCGUGACCCGCGUCGUCGACCUCGCCCACCUCAAGUCCAAAUUCAAGCAGUACGAGGCCCAGCGCAAGCUCUUCGCCGAGCACGACAUCUUCCUCGCCGACGACCGCAUCGUCAGCCGCCUGCCCAAGGCCCUCGGCAAGACCUUCUACAAGACCACCGCCAAGAGGCCCGUCCCUGUCGUCCUCUCGGCCAGGGCCCCCCGCGACGCCGACGGCAAGCGCGCCAAGCCCCAGGAGAAGAAGACCCCUGGCACCGUCAACGCCGGCACGCCGCAGGAGAUCGCCGCCGAGAUCGAGAAGACUAUCGGCGCCGCCCUCGUCAGCCUGACGCCCUCCACCAACACCGCCAUCCGGAUAGGCUACGCCGGCUUCUCCGCCGACCAGGUCGCCGAGAACGCCACGGCCGUCGUCAAUGCCCUCGUCGAGAAGUGGGUGCCGCAGAAGUGGCAGAACGUCAAGAGCAUCUACAUCAAGGGCCAGGAGACGGCCGCCCUGCCCGUCUGGCUGACGGACGAGCUCUGGCUCGAGCAGAAGGACAUCGUCGCCGACGACAGCGAGCAGGCCAAGGCCAUCAAGGAGAAGGCCAACGUCGGCAAGAAGCGCAAGUCUCUCGGCUCCGCCGCCGAAGGAGACGACGAGGAGGCCGGCGGCAAGCCCAAGCCCAAGAAGGCCAAGAAGGCCGCCAAGGAGGCCGCCCAGAAGGCGCUGCCCGAGAGCAACGACGACGUCCUCGACAAGCAGAUCUCGGAGCGCAAGGAAAAGCUGAGGAAGCAGAAGGCCAAGGCCAAGGCUGCCCUGGACAACUAA